CACAGGCUGGAAGCGAUGCUCUACGCCCUGGACCAGAUCAACAGCGAUCCCAACCUGCUGCCCAACGUGACGCUGGGCGCGCGGAUCCUGGACACUUGUUCCAGGGACACUUACGCGCUCGAACAGUCGCUCACUUUCGUCCAGGCGCUCAUCCAGAAGGACACCUCCGACGUGCGCUGCACCAACGGCGAGCCUCCAGUUUUCGUCAAGCCGGAGAAAGUAGUUGGAGUGAUUGGGGCUUCGGGGAGUUCGGUCUCCAUCAUGGUAGCCAACAUCCUGAGGCUUUUCCAGAUCCCCCAGAUUAGUUAUGCAUCAACGGCACCCGAGUUAAGUGAUGACCGGCGCUAUGACUUCUUCUCGCGUGUGGUCCCUCCCGAUUCCUUUCAAGCCCAGGCCAUGGUAGACAUUGUAAAGGCCCUGGGUUGGAAUUACGUGUCUACUCUCGCAUCGGAAGGAAGUUACGGAGAGAAAGGUGUGGAAUCCUUCACCCAGAUAUCCAAAGAGGCAGGUGGGCUCUGCAUUGCCCAGUCUGUGAGAAUCCCCCAGGAACGCAAAGACAGGACCAUUGACUUUGACAAAAUUAUCAAGCAGCUCCUGGACACCCCCAAUUCCAGGGCCGUCGUCCUUUUUGCCAACGAUGAGGAUAUCAAGCAGAUCCUUGCAGCAGCCAAAAGAGCUGAUCAAGUAGGCCACUUUCUCUGGGUGGGAUCAGACAGCUGGGGAUCCAAAAUCAACCCACUGCACCAGCAUGAAGAUAUUGCAGAAGGAGCCAUCACCAUUCAGCCCAAACGAGCAACUGUGGAAGGGUUUGAUGCCUAUUUUACAUCCCGCACACUUGAAAACAACCGAAGAAACGUAUGGUUUGCUGAAUACUGGGAGGAAAACUUCAACUGCAAGUUGACGAUUAGUGGGUCAAAGAAAGAAGACACAGAUCGCAAAUGCACAGGACAGGAGAGAAUUGGGAAAGACUCCAACUAUGAGCAGGAGGGUAAAGUUCAGUUUGUGAUUGACGCAGUGUAUGCAAUGGCUCAUGCCCUUCACCACAUGAACAAGGAUCUCUGUGCUGACUACCGGGGUGUCUGUCCAGAGAUGGAGCAAGCUGGGGGCAAGAAGUUGUUGAAGUAUAUCCGCAAUGUGAAUUUCAAUGGUAGCGCGGGCACCCCAGUCAUGUUUAACAAGAACGGGGAUGCUCCUGGGCGUUACGACAUCUUCCAGUAUCAGACCACAAACACCACCAACCCCGGCUACCGACUGAUCGGACAGUGGACAGAUGAACUGCAGCUCAAUAUAGAGGACAUGCAGUGGGGUAAAGGAGUCCGGGAGAUCCCUGCCUCUGUGUGCACCAUGCCCUGCAAGCCUGGGCAAAGAAAGAAGACACAGAAGGGGACCCCUUGCUGCUGGACCUGUGAGCCCUGUGACGGCUACCAGUACCAGUUUGAUGAGAUGACAUGCCAGCAUUGCCCUUACGACCAGCGACCCAAUGAAAACCGAACCGGCUGCCAGGAUAUCCCCAUCAUCAAACUGGAGUGGCACUCGCCUUGGGCUGUCAUCCCCGUCUUUCUUGCCAUGUUGGGGAUCAUCGCCACCAUAUUCGUCAUGGCCACUUUCAUCCGCUACAAUGACACUCCCAUCGUUCGGGCGUCUGGACGGGAACUGAGCUACGUUCUGUUGACGGGCAUCUUUCUCUGCUAUAUCAUCACCUUCCUGAUGAUAGCCAAACCCGAUGUGGCAGUGUGUUCUUUCCGGAGAGUUUUCUUGGGCUUGGGUAUGUGCAUCAGUUACGCAGCCCUCUUGACCAAAACCAAUCGGAUUUACCGCAUAUUUGAACAGGGCAAGAAAUCAGUGACAGCCCCCAGACUCAUAAGCCCAACAUCACAGCUGGCGAUCACUUCCAGUUUAAUAUCAGUUCAGCUUCUCGGCGUUUUCAUUUGGUUUGGUGUUGACCCACCUAACAUUAUCAUAGACUAUGAUGAACAUAAGACGAUGAACCCCGAACAGGCCCGGGGGGUUCUCAAGUGUGACAUUACGGACCUACAGAUCAUCUGCUCCUUGGGAUAUAGCAUCCUUCUUAUGGUCACAUGCACUGUGUAUGCCAUCAAGACUCGGGGUGUCCCAGAGAACUUUAAUGAAGCCAAGCCCAUCGGAUUCACCAUGUACACGACAUGUAUAGUUUGGCUUGCCUUCAUCCCAAUUUUUUUUGGCACUGCUCAAUCAGCAGAAAAGCUCUACAUACAAACCACCACGCUUACAAUCUCCAUGAACCUAAGUGCAUCAGUGGCGCUGGGGAUGCUAUACAUGCCGAAAGUGUACAUCAUCAUUUUCCACCCUGAACUCAAUGUCCAGAAACGGAAGCGAAGUUUCAAGGCAGUGGUCACGGCAGCCACCAUGUCAUCGCGGCUGUCGCACAAGCCCAGUGACAGACCCAACGGUGAGGCCAAGACAGAGCUUUGUGAAAACGUAGACCCAAACAACUGUAUACCACCAGUAAGAAAGAGUGUACAAAAGUCUGUUACUUGGUACACUAUACCACCAACAGUAUAGCUUUUGCCUGCUUUCCAAAAGGGUUUGAUCUCAGCACCCUCAAAAACCAAUUAUCUGCCCUCCUCAUUCUGUAACUUUGGUUGGACUUAAAGAAUGGGAUGAAAAUCCACAUGGCUAGGAUGUCUACUAGUUCAUGGCAUCAAAGGAACACAUACAUCAUUCCCCGGAGUCCUGAAAACUAUGUCAACUUUGACAUUGAAACCUGGCACCACAUCGUCUGGCCAGGGUCUGUGAAACAGAAGAGUGUUUUUAAGUUGGGUCAGUCGGAAAAGUGUUUGUCAAGCACCGCUCCCCUGAGUCAGCCCUAAACUGACUAGGAAUGGGGAAGAGAAGCCGACAGUACCCUCAGGGACCUCAGAUCUAACAGAGGACUCGCAGGUAAGCAAUUUCAAUUCAGGGUGACAGGGGGCUCUUAGGAGAAGUAGCAGGAGGGAGUGUGGAGAGCAUCACCCAGGGGGGUUUGUUUGAGCUGUUCUUAAAAGAUGAAGGCCUCUA